GCCGGGCACUUCCGGCGGCCGGACUGUCCCGUGGCGGCGGCGGGCGCGGGCGGCCGCGAUGGACGCGCAGGGCCUGGACGAGUUCCGCCGGCGCUGGCAGGAGGAGCUGGCGCAGUCGCAGGCGCUGAGGAAGCGGCGGCGGCCCGAGGCUGCGGAGCGCGGGCGCGCGCGGAGGCCCGAGCCGGCCUCCGGGUACCUGGCGCUGGCCCAGGGGCUGCUGGAGGGCGCGGGGCGGCCGCCCGCGGCCAGGGCCGGCCGGGCCGACAGGCAGGACGCGGCCAGCCGCUCCCGCUCGCCGCCGGCCCGCGAGGGCCCCGGGGGCGGGGAGCAGCUGGUGGACCAGCUCAUCCGCGACCUGAAUGAAAUGGAUGACGUGCCCUUCUUUGACAUCCAGCUGCCCUAUGAGCUGGCGAUCAACAUCUUCCAGUACCUGGACAAGACGGACCUGGGCAGGUGUGCACAGGUGAGCAAGACGUGGAAGGUGAUUGCAGAAGACGAAGUGCUGUGGUACAAGCUGUGUCGGCAGGAGGGGCACCUGCCCACCAGCAGCAUCUCCGACUACUCCUGCUGGAAGCUCAUCUUCCAGGACUGCCGCGCCAGGGAGCACACGUUAAGAACCAACUGGAAGAAACGCCGAGGUGCCGUGAGCGAGCUGGAGCACAUCCCUGACGCGGUGCUGUGUGACGUGCACUCCCAUGACGGCGUCGUCAUCGCCGGAUACACCUCCGGGGAUGUGCGGGUGUGGGACACGCGCACCUGGGACUACGUCGCCCCCUUUCUGGAGUCGGAGUACGACGAGGACGAGCCCGGGUUGCAGCCCUACGUCUCCUUCGUGAAGAUAAACAGCUCGCUGGCCGUGGCCGCUUACGAGGACGGCUGUCUCCAUAUCUGGGACCUGAUGGCUGGGCGGUACCCUGUUCACCGCUUUGAGCACGAUGCAAGGAUCCAGGCGCUGGCCCUCAGCCCGGACAACACCACCGUGGCCACCGCGUCCGCCUUUGAUGUCACCAUGCUGAGCCCCAAUGAGCAGGGGUACUGGCAGAUCGCCGCGGAGUUUGAAGUUCAGAAACUGGUCGACCACCUGAAAAUAGUUCCGGGGACCGGGCGGUACCCUGUGGCCGUGGCCACGGCUGGAGACCUGGUCUACCUGCUGAAGGCCGACGACUCAGCCAGAACCCUGCAUUACGUCUAUGGCCAGCCCGUCACGUGCCUUGACGUCUCGGCCAAGCAGGCGGCUUUUGGAGUGAAGAGUCUGGGAUGGGUGUACGAAGGAAACAAGAUCUUGGUGUACAGCCUGGAGGCCGAGCGCUGCCUCUCAAAGCUGGGCAACGCGCUGGGGGACUUCACCUGUGUCAACCUCAAGGACAGCCCGCCCGGCCUCAUGGUCAGCGGCAACAUGGACAGGAGGGUGCGCGUCCAUGACCUCCGCACGGACAAGGCCGCCCUGUCGCUCGCGGCCCACCAGCUGGGCGUCUCGGCGGUGCAGAUGGACGACUGGAAGAUCGUGAGCGGCGGCGAGGAGGGCCUGGUCACCGUGUGGGACUACCGGAUGGCCCAGAAGCUGUGGGAGGUGCAUUCCAGGCACCCCGUGCGGCACGUGGCGUUCAACAGACACCGCCUCAUCACGGCCAACGUGCCCUACGAGCGCGUGGUGCGCAGCCCCGAGCUGGACAACUUCGCCACGCACAGGAGACACCGCGGCCUGAUCCACGCCUACGCCUUCGCCGUGGACCAGCUGGCCUUCCAGAGCGUCCUGCCCGUGUGCCGCUCGGCCUCGGAGUCCCUGGCGGGCUACACCUACGACAUGGCGCUCGCCUUCCCCUCCGACAGCGCCUAGGGCCGGGCCAGCGCCUGUC